AGUCAGCUUAGUCUGUGGAACGCGAUUGCUGUGGGCGCACGCUAUCCGAACAUCAUACUUUGAACGCGCGAAAUAUAUUUUGGUGAAAACGUGUCUGUUCAGUAAUUGAGCAUUAUUCACAUAAUAAUUUAGUCGUAUUAUGUUGGUUACAUGUGUUUCGUGUUAAAAAAAAAGUUGUUUCAUUGUGGAUUUUAAUUAAUCGGACGUGUAGGACACACAGCGUAUCAAGGACUUUGAAAGCGAAGUACUGAGGGCUUAGCUAACAUGAUAGGGUAUCACGGAAGACGUAUUACCCCGCACGUUUCGCUUGAUUAAGUUAUUUCUGCCCUUCGCUACGGAGACCUUGAUGCUUCAGUGACUUUAAAGAUGAUCGAUUUAUAUCAACGAAUCGUAUUUAUUGUUCUCAUUUGGACGAUUGCGUCGACCGCUAAAACAACAUGCCCUAUUGGAUUCCAAUUCGCAGAAUACAAGUCAGGCAACCGCGGACUGUGUUACCGCAUCAAGGGCCCAGAAAGAUUCUCUGAUAUAUACAAAAACUGCACCGGGAAUCUAUACACAGUCGAACGCUAUAACAAUUUAAAAAUACCAGAGCACGAAUAUGCUUUGUGGACGCAGUACAAAAACGCAUAUCCUGGGGGGCGAUUCGUGGACUGGUCUUAUACAGAGACAACUGGAAGACUGCUACGUGAGAAAGUUCAACAAAAUGAAUCACUACUGAACCAGGAUCUGUGCGUGGUGAUAGACUCAAUCACCAGUUUCACGGCAGUCAGUUGUGAAGCAAUGCAUCACAGGUAUUGCUUGGUUUAUCCCUAUGAAGACGAAAAGGCUUUAAAGAGUCAACCUUGUGCGGGUUUCGAUAAUGGCUAUAGAUUCUAUAGUCCGAUGCCUACGUGUUUGGCGGAGGUACCGGCUGUAGGUGAAGCAGCUGUCAGAGCAACAUGGAAACAAGCUAAAAACAUAUGCGAGAAACGGGGAGGAUACCUUUUGAACUUUGGAUGGAUGUAUUCCAACUUCAGGAGCUUUUCGCACUCGGCCUAUCCUUUGGGUUUCGCUUUUAAUUCUGAACUUACGGAGCUCAAGUUACACCUCAAUAACGGGACUAUUUUGAUACCAAGAUCGGAAUGGAAAUUUUCAGAAUUGCCUCAAACCAAUAAAACUCGUUUAAGUGCUGUGGGGAAUAAUAUGUGGUUCUCCGUGAACAGUUCAUUUGUGUUCUAUGCCGUGAUAUGUGAGGUAUCCGUACCAGUGAAGGAUGUUGUAUUGAAUCUUACAAUCGAUUCCGAUGACAGACUCAUUUUAAACGUAAGCGAGCCAGUACCGAGAAGGUAUUUGAAGUGCUUCACCGACUCAGUGAAGUACUACCCCACUCCAGUGGACUUGGACCACGACGAAGAAAACACUUACGUGGUUCAGGAAAAGAAGAACGGUUACUAUUGGUGUAUUCACACGGAUUCCAAGAGCUACACGAUCUCGCAAUCCAAUAAGGUUUUGCACAUACCAAAGAAGAACUCCUUGGACCACGUGUACGCCGUCAAACUUCAUCUACAGUCUUAUACAGAUCCUGAAAAAAUUUACAAGGCACUAGAAAAGCUGGAAGAGUACAUAUACUUAUCGACCAAGUAUUUUAAUGUUCAUGGGAACGAUGCGGCAACGGAGGAUCAACUGAGGAGUUUUGAAUUGACAACACCUUCGGUCGGUGUAAGAGAAGUGCUGUCCAACGCUAGGCUAAAGAAGUGGUUCGUUGGUGGUAGAGCGUUGUUGGUUCACUUCGAACUCGAUUCCAGCAUGAGACCCGUCCGCCCUGGGACCUGGAAAGGGCUUGAAUUAGUUUUUAUGAAGCCCGUGUACUACUGCCCUGACGAGAGCUUGGAAAGCGGCGAAGCGAAGCACUUAGGUGAAUCGAUAUCGAACACAAGAUGUCAGACGAGGAAAUGCGUGGGAGAUUACAACGAGGGCGUGCAGUGGCUUCUGACCACGACCAGCGACUGCGAGAUGAGGCUCCCGGUGACCCUGUCCAACGCGCUCAAGGUCAAAGAGGUCACGCAGCUGAUGCCGACCGUUGCGAACUUACUACCCGACCACACGUUUGGGGUUCUGGAUACGGAAUCCACGACUCCCGCCGAGGGAUACACACAGACGACAACCGAAACACAAACCGCUACAAAUGAUCCCGUACUACGCGAUGUACGCGACAGCUCCGAGGAGAUCACCGAAACCACUCGGAGACCGACUCGGCCUCCGCCUCCGCCAACUGACCCGGUCAUCACCGUAACGACCCCCACUGACGUCAUCACAGCCGUACCUACCAUGCCUCCAACCACAAUGCCCAGACCCUCGCCAGAAGACCAGCUUCUACAAGUAAUGGAAAAUCUAGAAUCCAUCAUCAAUAACGCAUCGUUGGCAGUCUCCCUGGAAACUAUUAGCAGUUCGUUUGAUCAGGUAGACGGUCUAUUAUCCGAGGACGACGAUCUGGACAUACCUGGCGAACUUCUGCAUUUGCUGGACAAUAUUGGUCCUAGACUAAAUUUAGACGGAUCAGAUGCAGCGACAGUUAGGGAGAACAUCGCCCUUGUGGUCGCUAAGGGCGACGAGAGCCUCCCGAUGAGAGGCUUGAGGUUAGCCACCAGAGACACUGAUGCUUUUACGGAUCAUGCCUUUGAGGUUAUCAGAGAUGAAAUAAACUCAAGCUUACUCCAACCGGAGCUCAGUGAUGUUGUGGUCAAGAUACCGGGGUCGGUGUCCGUUUCCAAUAGGAGGGUCAGCUUCGUGGUGUUCAGAACUGACCGCGCCUUCAGAAAUCCAGGGUCCGAGUAUUCCGUGAACAGCAGAGUCGUCAGCAUCAAGAUAGGGAACCUGACGCGGUUUCAAAACGAGGAGUUUAUCGACAUUUAUCUGAAUCCAAUAGUGGAACUGCCGGGGAGCAAGCAAAAGCGAGUUUGCGCGUACUGGGAGUUCCUAGAGGACGGAACAGGGUACUGGUCACAGGACGGAUGUGUUCUGAUGCGCUCUGAAGAUGAAGGGAUGCUGGAUUACUGCCGAUGCACUCAUCUGACACACUUCGCUGAGAUUCUCAUACCUAGGACGUCCUUCUCUGACGCCCACGAAAACGCUCUCGAGCUGAUCUCUGUGAUCGGCUGCUGUGUCUCCAUUUUAGGGCUGGUCUUGGUCGCCAUCACCGCGAUCCUCUUCAGGUCCUGGCGCCGGGAUUUCACCAACAAAAUCUGGCUGCAGCUCUGCCUCGCUAUAUUCAUAACCAGCGUCUGCUUCCUCGUCAUCGUGUUCGCUGACUUCCUGGAGUACAACAUCGCUUGCAUGCUGGUCGGGGUUUUGUUGCACUACGCUGUCUUGGCGUCCUUCUGUUGGAUGCUGGUCGCAGCUAUCAUUUCGUAUAGGAAACUGGUGAUAGUGUUCUCCAGAGACGCUUCGCACAAGCUGCUGAAGGCGUCCGCGUUUUCGUGGGGAGCUCCGUGUGCCGUGGUCGGCGUGCUUCUGUCGGUCGCUCCGCACUCGUACGCGGGACAAUUCGACGGAGACGUUCGCAGCGGGGCCUUCUGCUAUCCCUCGGGGCUGUCGUUGUGGCUGACGGUGUACGCUCCCAUCGCCGUGAUGCUGCUGGUGAACUGGACGUUAUUCCUCCUGAUAGUGCGCUCCGUGUUCGCUUCCCGAAGGAUCCAGAGGCACGGGGACUCGAACGAGGCGCUCCGUUGUGCGUCCGUCUCCUGUCUUCUGGUCUUCUUGUUCGGUCUGCCGUGGGUCUUCGGUUUGUUCCUGAACAACAUCGUCACGGUGUACUUGUUCAACUUGACCGCGACCUUUCAAGGUUUCGUGCUGUUCCUCUUCUUUGUCCCGGGCAAUAAGAAGACCAGGGAUCUGUGGUUGAACAAGUUGAAGAUCAAGCAGACGCGCAAGGUUCCGGUCACGUCCUCGACGUAUACGAAUAGGAGCACCGGUGGAAACCCUGGCUCCAGGGUAGGGAACACAAGUGUACCUGCGCAAUCCAAAGAGACCAAGCCCAGGUCUAUGUCUUCCAGUGACGACUCAAGGUUCUCUUGACGAAGACCGAACUUUAUGAUGAUUAAUAAGAAACUGUGGAUUUUGUUGAAUACCGGUCCGAAGCCGCAGAACUCUGCCUAAAUAUCGGAUAUUUUAUCAAUAUCGGCAAAGAAAAAAAGCUCCCGGUGUCUUCAACGAAGCGUUUUCGAAACUUUUAAGCUCGAUUAACUUUUGUGUCUAGUCUGUUUAUAAUUUAUUCUGUGUUCAGUAAUUAAUUUUAUUAUAAUGUAAAAAUGAAGUUUAUUUUUAUUUUCGACGUGAAAACGAUACGACUGCAUUCCUCAGUGUUUCGGGGUUUUAAAGACAAUUACAUAUAAUAUGUCGAGGAGUGAAAGUCUAUUUAUUAAAGCGACAUUUUUACAAUUUUACAGGUUCUUUUAUUGCUUAGAUGGGUGGACGAGCUCACAGCCCACCUGGUGUUAAGUGGUUACUGGAGUCCAUAGACAUCUACGACGUAAAUGCGUCACCCACCUUGAGAUAUAAGUUCUAAGGUCUCAAGUAUAGUUACAGCGACUGCCCCACCCUUCAAACCGAAACGCAUUACUGCUUCACGGCAGAAAGAGGUAGGGGUGGUGGUACCUACCCGCGCGGACUCACAAGAGGUCCUACCACCAUCAAAAACAGGUUUGCAUUUAAAGCUUAAAAUUUAUACAAAAUAUCAUAAUUAUAACAAAAAACUUCUUCAGCUAUUUGAAUUUGAAUAAACUUAAUUGAAUUUCAAUAAUAAACAUCGAAUUAUUGAUGCUAAUACCAAAUAAAACGCACUUUUAAUUACAAGUGUCGUUUAAAACAAACAGCCUUUCUCCCCUCGAUGUAAUUGUGUUUGAUUACCACUCACCGUUAGACGAGACGUAUAACGAUCUCAAUAUGGGAGUGAAUUCGGUUAAUAAGCCUAUCAAAACUUCGGUUUAAUAAGUAUUAAGUAUUAAAUAUAAUACUUCUAUACUAAUAAUACGAACAGUAUUUAUUCACAGUAUAACAUUACUAAGAUUUUCCUCGUGGUGUUCCUACGAAGCAGUGAUGCGUUCUAGUUUUAAGAUAGGAACAGCGGCUGUACAAUUGAGACUUAUACCUCAUGUCUCAAGAAGAAUGGCGGCAUUCACGUUGUGAUGUCUAUGUGCUUCGUUGACCACUUAACACCAGGUGUGAUGGGAGCACGUACGCCCGUUUAGGCAAUACAAAGGAAAAUACAAAGAUGCGAUGUUUUAAAAUAUAAAUUUUAUAGUACUUUUGACGCAGCAACGAACUCGCAAACCACGGGAUUUAAUAUUGAGAUUAGUGUACACUGUGGGUGAAGUAUGGGCGUCUCUUACUGACGCGCCGUUUAAUAUACAUAUUGGAUCUUCAAAAUCUCGCGUUUUCUAUUGGUUCCAUACAAAACUAUGUUUUACUAAGACGGCUUAAGAUUGUAUAUGCAAUGAACACUGGCAUACAGCAUGGAUACUACAAAAUUGUAUGUAUUGCAUUGUUUUCGGACAAAAUUCCCAGAUCUUUUUUGUUAUUACACAGUACACUUGUGGCCCAUCUGAUGGUAAGUGGUUACCGUUCAGCAACGCCAGUACUAGAGUCAAGCCUCUACCUAAAGAAAAUUACACUUCAAAGUCUAAAGUUGGCUAAAUAAUGAUUCAUUAACUAUACAAUUUCCCUACAUAGAGAGAGAUACUUAAAACAGGCAUGUUUUUUUAUGAUUGUGACUAUUUCUAUUUUUUAAUAGAUGUGACAUCGAGAGAUGACAUCUUGAUGAUUUCUUUAACCCAUUAAACUAAAUAUUUAGAUGUCAACACUCAAAAAAAAAGCCAAAAAUAUACUAACACGAAUCGUAAUAAAGGCUAUUUUUGCUGAAACAAAUAGGACCUUUUGUCAAUACGACAAUGACCAGAUUCUUUUUUUUUUAAUUGCCCUUGUAGUUAGACGAUCAUACGGCCCACCGUGGUUACCGUCGCCCAUGCCUACUGUUAAGUACUCCACACGCCUCGUUUGAAGAAGGACAUGUCAUAGAAUUCGGGCAACAUCGUGGAGGCGAGCUCAUUCCAAAGCCGGAUGGUACGUGGCAAAAAAGAUCUCUGGAAACACACUGUAAAUGGAAGCAGUGGCUACAUGUAGUAAGAUGACUUUACUGACUCUACUUUGGUGGCAGGCGGUGCGAUGGUAAAAACGAGAUGAUAGAAUCGUCUCAAACAAUUCCUCAGAGCACUCUCCAUAAAGCAUAAUAUGGUACAAAAUACAGAGUGAAGCAAAGUCCCUCCGCAGACCCAGGGGUUCCAAAACCUGUUGUUAGUUCACCACUUUUCUGUGGUGCAGAGUGGAUGAUGUACCACCAUUCCUGAUAGGUCCAAAGCCCGCAUUGUAUUUCAGGAUGAGUGCGUUAAAAAUUUUACUAAUGGAAUUGUUUUAUAUUUUAUAGAAUCAUGAUAGAAAUCGCGCUGUUUCUUUGACAGUGAGUGCUUGGCUUUAUUAUGUGUUGUUUAUAGCACCUUGCGCGGGGCUGUUGUUCAAGACGAGCGGACUUACUGACGUAAAAGCCAUUUUAGCAAAUAAAUUAAUUAUGUUUUUUUUCCCCCCGGGAUGAAAAGUUCUCUCACCGGGAGAGAAUCGAGUACUUUUGUCCCGAGUGCCAGGGACUAAAAGCGAACUUUUCAUCCCGUUUAAAAAAAAAUGUAUAAACACCUAGGGAGAAAAGUAGAACCCGCGACAAAACAAUUCGCGGGCGUGAAUGUUCUACUUUUCUCCCUCGGUGCGUAAUAUACUAUUUUGUCAGUUUAUUUCUGACUUUACUCGGAAACCAACUGUGUAUUGAUUUCGUUCAAGGUUUUAUUUUAAUGCAUACUAAGCCCUAAAGAAAUUUGUUCAAAAACUUUAGUCACUGUACCAGAAAUCAUACAUAAAAUUUUAAUUUGACUGAAAUUGUAUUACUAUAAAUGUAAGAUUCGUAAUGUAUUAGACGCCACCAAGACUUAAUGUUAAUGUUUAAAGCAAAGAGGCAUUGUUAAUAAUAUAAGGCAAAAUUAAUAAAAUAAUUUAAAAUA